UUGACAGUAUUAUAGUUUUUAGUUUCGAAAAGUCAACGUUUAUUGUUGUUUUGUGUUUCCCUAGGUGUUUCCAUACAUCGCCAUACAAAGGCAGAUAUGGCUAAAAAUAAAAUAUUUGGUAUCGACCUCGGAACGACCAAUUCGCUGAUCGCAUUUUGGGAUCACGGCAAAGUAAACGUGUUAGCUAAUGAGUAUGGAGAAACCACAACACCGUCAUGCCCCAUCACCGAAGGCAAACAUCCAAAAUUCAAAGUCGUUGUAGAUGACUCAGAAAGACAAAUAAGCCCAGAAGAAGUCGCAGCGAUUAUUUUAACGAAAUUAAAAGACAUCGCCACUGCUCGCGGACAACAGGUCAAAGAUGUGGUCAUUACAGUGCCGGCAUACUUUUCCGAAGACCAAAGGAAUUCAACGAAAAUCGCCGGUGAAAUGGUUGGUCUGAACGUGUUAAAAAUCAUCCCAGAGCCAGUAGCAGCCGCUCUGGCAUUUGGAUUUGCAUCGGGCUGUGGCCUAGAGGGGAAGGUCUUGGUUUAUGAUUUAGGUGGCGGCACUUUUGACAUUGCCAUUGUCGAUAUUAGCUCGACCGGGUGUUACCAUGUAUUGUCCACCAAUGGUAACACACACCUGGGGAGUGCAAAUUUUAUCGGCCGGUUAAUGAAUUAUACUGUCAAAAGACUUGGCAAAGAAACACACGCUACAAUGUUAAUGAUUCGCACAGCUUGCGAAAAGGCCAUCAAACAAUUGUCGUCGGUUGAGAGCGCAGAAAUCAACAUCGGCGACAACAGCAUUACAAUAACACGUGGCGAGUAUGAACGAAUGAUAAGCGGAUAUGUCGCAUCAGCAAUGGAAUGUGUCAAAAAUGCCCUCCACGACGCCGAUGUCGAAAAAGAUGAAAUAAGCAAAGUCGUUCUGGUGGGCGGGUGCUCUCAAACUCCCUUCAUCAGAACAUGUCUCAAGGAUUUUUUUGAAAAGGAUUUGUCAACAGAAGUCAAUCCUAUGGAGGCGAUCGCUCACGGUGCGUGCAUUUAUGGUGCGGUCCUGAAGAAAAUGCCGGGCGCACCAAACAUGUAUUUGCGUAACUCAACACCACUUACCAUUGGCUUGGUUGGACCGAACAAAGUAUGUACUCCGUUAAUACCCCGCAACACGCCAUUUCCAGUGGAAGAACCAAGGAAUGGGUGCACGUCGAAAGAUAACCAACAAAGAGCCAGAUUCGAAGUUUUUGAGGGAGAAAAUUUGCAUCUGGAUGGCAACACAAUUUUGGGAUCAAUGUGUAUGGAAGGCAUUCACCCAGCACCAAAACACGAAGAAAAAUUCAAAGUCUGGCUGAAAAUAAAUGAAGAUGGCGUGAUUUCAGCUCGGACAAAGUAUCUGCGCUCGAAUGAGGAAAAAGAGCUUGUAAUUGAUCGGCCAAACAAGUUCACCAGUGAAGAAUUAGCACAGAUGUCUCGGUGGGUAGCACAACUUCAAAGAGAUGUUCAGCCAUCAUCUUCCCCUUUGGUAUCUUCCCAACCGAAAAAAAAGCGCUCUAGAAAGGGCUCGAAACUCAAAAAAAGAAACAUUGAAGCUAGCACUGAAGAAGGUGAAGAAGUUCGAUGCCCAAUUUAUGGUGGUGGUUUGAACGCGAUGAAUUGCGAAUCCAGUGAAUUCGUAGUGGAAGAUUAGUCUAAA